AUGUUACUCUCCCACUGUCUUUGUAUCAUAAGAAGCAACCCGGAGGUGACUUUUGUGGACAAGUUAUGCAAUGAGGCGCAGUUCUGGUAUUGGGACGAUUAUGACAACGCAUUCUACGCUGUCCUACAGGAUCUGAGGUCCAACACCGCGGGAAAUGGGUUCAACUACUCCACCCAGUCUUCCGUGAACGGUGCCAAGUGCUUUGGCCACGGUGUGUGCAACGGUGCGCUGACACAAGCCGACUGCACUAGCUGCAUGGGUUCCGCCUAUGAUGAAGUCCAGAGAGAGUGCCCACGUAGUAUCGGCGCACAACUUCAGCUUCACGACUGUAGACUUAGGUAUGAGCAAUAUUCCUUCACGGAAUAA